AUGAAGUUCAAACCCAAGAAGUCAAGGAGCCUGACCAUCAAGAAGGGAAAGGACACCAAAAGAUUCACUCUACAGGUGCAAGGGGAAGACAUUCCAUCCAUUAUUGACAGUCCAGUCAAGUGCCUCGGCAAAUGGUACGACGCCAGCCUGAAGGACACUAACAACAUCACUAGAGUAAAAAAACAGCUCCAAGAUGGCCUGAAGCUUAUAGACCAGACAGGACUUCCAGGCAAGUUUAAGGCAUGGCUCUACCAACAUGGGUUACUACCUAUGCUUAUGUGGCCCCUUAUGCUGUACGAGAUAGCUACAACCACUGUAGAAGGGUUCGAGAGAGUGAUCAACUGGCAUCUCCGGAGAUGGCUUGGUGUCCCUUCUAGUUUCACCAGCAUUGGACUGUAUGGCAGAACCAACCAACUUCAACUCCCAAUGACCUCACUAGUUGAAGAGUUCAAUGUUGCCAAAGGAAGACUGGUGGUAACCCUCAAAGAGUCAUCAGAUGACAUGAUAUGGAAGGCAGGCAUCGAGACACGCACAGGGCGAAAGUGGUCAGCAAGCCAGGCAGUCGCCCAGGCAGAAAGCAGGCUACGACACAAAGACAUCGUAGGCACCACAGCUAAAGGAAGACAAGGCCUGGGCAGUACAAAACCACAACGCUGGAGCACUGCCGGUAAGAAAGAAAGGAGCCAAAUGGUCCAGCAUGAGAUCAGGCUUUCAGAAGAGGAAGACAGGCGCGCCAGAGUAGUCGGGAUGGGAGGACAGUGCGCAUGGACACAAUGGCAGACCACAGAAAGACACCUGACAUGGGUAGACAUUUGGCACUACCAACCACUACGACUCAAAUUCCUACUGAGAUCCGUAUAUGAGCUGCUGCCAUCUCCAGUCAAUCUACACAGAUUGGGGUUAGUGGAAGACCCAAAGUGUCAGCUGUGCGACAAACCAGGAACCAUGCAGCACACCCUAUCAUCUUGCCAGACAGCGCUAACACAAGGCCGCUACAGAUGGAGGCACGACACGGUCCUCAAGAGCUAG